AUCAGUUUACCCUUUUGUGCAUUGGCUUUUGAAUACGUGUGCGUCUGUAUGUGUUCGUAAGCGUCUGUGUUUGCUUACGUGUAAGUACCUGUGAUUUCUCAUGUCCUAGAAGCCACAUUUGCUUUGGGAUGAAAUCUCCAGAAGAGAUGCGUCAGCAAGCACACAUUCAGGUGGUUAGCAAAAACUUGUACAGUCAGGACAACCAUCACUCUCCCCUGCAGUACGGAGUGCUUGACCAUCGCAUGGGAACCAGUGAAAAAGACCGUCCCUGUGAAACAUGUGGAAAAAAUUUAGCUGAUUGUUUAGGACAUUAUGGGUACAUUGACUUAGAACUCCCGUGUUUCCAUGUUGGAUACUUCAAAGCUGUGAUAGGCAUCUUACAGAUGAUUUGCAAAACCUGUUGCCGUAUCAUGCUUUCUUUGGAAGAAAAGAAACAGUUUUUGGAUUAUCUGAAGCGACCUGGCCUUACGUAUCUUCAGAAGAGAGGACUUAAAAAAAAAGUGUCUGAAAAAUGCAGGAAAAAAACCACUUGUCCGUACUGUGGUGCCUUUAAUGGAACUGUGAAGAAGUGUGGUUUAUUGAAAAUAAUACAUGAAAAAUACAAGACCAAUAAGAAAGUGGUAGAUCCAAUAGUAUCCACUUUCCUCCAAUCCUUUGAAACUGCCAUAGAACAUAAUAAAGAAGUAGAAUCCUUACUGGGAAGAGCUCAGGAAAACUUGAAUCCGUUAGUAGUGUUGAACCUCUUCAAAAGAAUCCGAGCAGAAGAUAUCCCUCUGCUUCUGAUGAACCCAGAAGCAGGUAAACCUUCAGAUUUGAUCCUCACACGACUGUUAGUGCCACCACUGUGCAUCAGACCCUCUGUUGUGAGUGACUUGAAGUCUGGCACCAACGAAGAUGACUUGACAAUGAAACUGACAGAGAUCAUUUUCCUCAAUGAUGUAAUAAAAAAGCAUAGGAUAUCAGGAGCCAAAACACAGAUGAUUAUGGAAGACUGGGACUUCCUUCAACUGCAGUGCGCCCUGUACAUUAACAGUGAGCUCUCUGGGAUUCCUCUCAAUAUGGCACCUAAAAAAUGGACUAGAGGUUUUGUUCAGAGACUGAAGGGAAAGCAAGGUCGAUUUAGAGGCAAUCUAUCUGGAAAACGAGUGGAUUUCUCUGGCAGAACAGUCAUUUCACCUGAUCCUAACUUAAGAAUAGAUGAAGUAGCAGUGCCUAUUCAUGUUGCUAAAAUACUAACCUUUCCUGAAAAGGUGAACAAAGCAAAUAUUAAUUUUAUGAGAAAACUUGUUCGAAAUGGUCCUGAUGUUCAUCCUGGAGCCAACUUCAUUCAGCAAAGGCACACUCAGAUGAAAAGAUUUCUGAAAUAUGGGAACCGAGAAAAGAUGGCCCAGGAGCUCAAGUUUGGUGAUAUUGUGGAGAGGCAUCUUAUAGAUGGUGAUAUAGUACUCUUCAACCGACAACCCUCUCUACACAAGCUGAGCAUCAUGGCUCACAUUGCUAGAGUAAAACCUCACAGAACAUUCAGGUUUAAUGAGUGUGUCUGUACACCAUACAAUGCAGAUUUUGAUGGAGAUGAGAUGAACCUUCACCUUCCUCAGACGGAAGAAGCAAAAGCAGAAGCACUUGUUCUAAUGGGGACUAAAGCAAACUUGGUAACACCAAGAAAUGGAGAACCCCUAAUUGCUGCUAUUCAGGAUUUCCUUACAGGUGCCUAUCUUCUUACACUAAAAGAUACCUUUUUUGAUCGAGCCAAAGCCUGUCAAAUUAUUGCUUCUAUCCUAGUUGGCAAGGAUGAGAAGAUUAAAGUUCGCCUUCCACCCCCAGCAAUUUUGAAGCCUGUAACACUUUGGACAGGAAAGCAGGUUUUCAGCCUUAUUCUCAAGCCUAGUGAUGACUGUCCUGUAAAAGCCAAUCUGCGAACCAAGGGCAAACAAUAUUGUGGCAAAGGAGAAGACCUGUGUUUCAAUGAUUCUUAUGUCACAAUUCAAAAUAGUGAGUUAAUGAGUGGUAGCAUGGACAAAGGAACCUUAGGAUCAGGAUCCAAGAACAAUAUCUUCUACAUUUUGCUGAGAGACUGGGGUCAGGUGGAAGCUGCAGAUGCCAUGUCACGACUGGCCAGGCUUGCUCCUGUCUAUCUUUCUAACCGUGGCUUUUCAAUUGGAAUUGGUGAUGUUACCCCUGGACAGGGCCUACUAAAAGCUAAGUAUGAACUCCUAAAUGCUGGCUAUAAGAAAUGUGAUGAGUAUAUUGAAGCUCUGAACACCGGCAAGCUGCAGCAGCAGCCUGGCUGUACUGCAGAGGAGACGCUAGAGGCCUUAAUCCUUAAAGAACUCUCUGUUAUCAGAGAUCACGCUGGCAGUGCCUGUCUCAGGGAAUUGGACAAGAGCAACAGUCCCCUUAUCAUGGCUCUCUGUGGUUCUAAAGGCUCCUUCAUUAAUAUAUCCCAGAUGAUUGCCUGUGUAGGUCAGCAAGCUAUCAGUGGAUCACGAGUUCCUGAUGGAUUUGAGAACAGAUCCUUGCCUCACUUCGAGAAGCAUUCUAAGCUUCCAGCAGCAAAAGGCUUUGUUGCUAAUAGCUUCUAUUCUGGGUUGACUCCUACUGAAUUUUUCUUCCAUACGAUGGCUGGCCGAGAAGGUCUGGUUGAUACAGCUGUAAAAACUGCUGAAACUGGAUAUAUGCAGAGGCGGCUGGUAAAGUCACUUGAAGAUCUUUGUUCUCAAUACGAUUUGACUGUCAGAAGUUCUACUGGUGACAUUAUUCAGUUUAUUUAUGGAGGAGAUGGCUUGGAUCCUGCAGCAAUGGAAGGGAAGGACGAACCGCUGGAGUUCAAGCGUGUUCUAGACAACAUCAGAGCUGUAUAUCCAUGCCGAAAUGAACCAGCCCUUAGUAAAAAUGAAUUAGUAUUAACAUCUGAGUCCAUCAUGAAGAAGAAUGAAUUUCUUUGCUGCCGAGACAGUUUUCUGCAGGAAAUUAAAAAAUUCAUCAAAGGUGUUUCCGAGAAGAUAAAAAAGACUAGGGACAAAUAUGGCAUUAAUGACAAUGGCACAACUGAGCCACGAGUUUUGUAUCAGUUGGAUAGGAUUACUCCAACACAACUAGAGAAGUUUCUAGAGACUUGUAGGGACAAAUAUAUGAGGGCACAGAUGGAGCCGGGUUCUGCAGUAGGAGCUCUUUGUGCACAAAGUAUUGGUGAGCCUGGCACACAAAUGACUCUGAAGACUUUCCAUUUUGCUGGUGUCGCUUCAAUGAACAUUACUUUGGGUGUGCCAAGAAUCAAAGAAAUUAUUAAUGCUUCGAAGGCAAUUAGCACGCCUAUUAUAACAGCACAGUUGGACAAAGAUGAUGAUCCUGAUUUUGCCCGUUUGGUUAAAGGAAGAAUUGAGAAAACAUUAUUAGGAGAGAUUUCAGAGUAUAUUGAAGAAGUGUUUCUUCCUGAUGAUUGUUUCAUCCUGGUCAAGCUCUCUCUGGAGCGCAUCAGACUAUUGAGAUUAGAGGUGAAUGCGGAGACUGUGCGCUACUCUAUUUGCAUAUCUAAACUGAGAGUGAAACCUGGGGAUGUUGCUGUCCAUGGAGAGGCAGUUGUAUGUGUGACCCCUCGUGAAAAUAGCAAGAGUUCAAUGUAUUAUGUAUUGCAGUCCCUGAAGGAAGAACUGCCAAAGGUCGUAGUGCAAGGUAUACCAGAGGUUUCUCGAGCUGUCAUUCAUAUUGAUGAACAAAGUGGUAAGGAAAAAUACAAACUUCUAGUUGAAGGUGAUAACCUGCGAGCUGUUAUGGCUACUCAUGGAGUGAAAGGAACGAAGACGUCCUCUAACAACACUUAUGAGGUAGAGAAGACGUUAGGAAUUGAAGCUGCUCGAACCACCAUAAUCAAUGAGAUUCAGUAUACAAUGGUGAACCAUGGUAUGAGCAUUGACAGGAGACAUGUUAUGCUGCUGUCUGAUCUAAUGACAUACAAGGGUGAAGUGCUGGGCAUUACUAGGUUUGGACUGGCAAAAAUGAAGGAAAGUGUUUUGAUGCUGGCUUCUUUUGAAAAGACUGCAGAUCAUCUCUUUGAUGCUGCCUACUUUGGACAGAAGGAUUCUGUUUGUGGUGUGUCUGAAUGCAUCAUCAUGGGAAUUCCGAUGAAUAUCGGAACGGGACUUUUCAAACUGUUACACAAAGCGGACAAAGAAUCAGCCCCUCCUAGGAGGCCUUUGAUAUUUGAUAAUAAUGAGUUUCAUAUUCCCAUUGUUACAUAGCAAUUACAGACCAGAACAAAGAACAGCAGGAGAACAUAUAAUUUAAAUUAGGGAAUGUAUAUUAUCAGUUCUAUGUGUCUCAAAAUAACUGAAUUGGUAAAUGAAAUACUGUCAAAAGAACUGCCCAGUUGUUUACCACCUGUUGUUUCUACAGACUAAAAGGAGAGGCUUCUCUGCACCAGAGAGUAGAAAGUAAUUUAAAGUGAAUCUCAGCUGAUAGAAAAAUUUUCUUUUUAUGUGCUAGAAUUUUCCAUGCUACAAAUUAGCAAUAUGCCUUGGGAAGAGCAUUGUUUGUUUGUUUAAGAAGUGUUUAGUUUAUGUUGGCAUUACAGGAAGUGUCAGUAAAACUAGCUGGUCACCAAAUAAGACUGUGUUAAAGUAGGAGGAUACUGGGAAGUACUUGCAGUCAUAUAUGUGGGGGAAAAUCCCCAAAGCCAUUUACCUUGUUAAGGUACCUUGCAUGAACCAGAAAAGUAACUUCAAGGUAAUACAUGUUCUCUUAAGUCAAAAUAUAUCCACAGUUUUGAAUAUGCUAAUAGCAGUGGGCAAAGUGGCAAAUUAAGGAUAGGUGAUGUGUGAGAUGUUCUUGGCAUUCUUCCUAACUGAAAUCCCCUUUUAACUCCACUUUUAAAGAUUUGUAUCUGGAUUAUUGAACCCCAUGAGAAAUAAUGCUGCCGCAGAAGAUAUUCUUGUGGCAGAACUACAGGAAAGGCUAAACUGCGUGUUAGAACAUGGUGUUUUAAGAAAGAAAGUGUUGCACUUGAAAAUGUGCGCUUUGUGUGGGUGGAUGUUAAGUGUCAAAGCUAGUGUUGCCAUGCUUCGUGGUUCUAAAUGCAGUGAAAAUUUCCUGUAGGCAAAUAGUAUUGCAAAAACCUCACAGUAAAUUUAUAAAUUGUUGGGGAAAUAACUCUAAAACUUGCUGAUUAUUUCCUGGGGCUUGUGCUAUCUAAAUUUUGGAGACUGAGGAGAAUUUUCCAGUAUUGGUAUCAUGGGACCUGUAUACUUUAUGAAAGUUGUAAUAUCAGAUACAGAUGAAGGUAGAUGCUUCUAACAGAAAUAUAUAUUCGUACAACUUACAAGUAGCCAUAAAAUUCUUGCAGUAUGGUAGCUGAUUCAUUUUGAGAUCUUUUUGCUAUUAACUCAGUAUUAGAUAUGCUGUGUGUUCAGAUGUGAUGAAAGUACUGCAGAAGAAUUAUGUGAGCUUUUACAGAGUGCGUUUGGAAAUGGCAUUUC